UUCAAGGAUCACCAGAUCUGAUUCAUCCAUCCAAUCAUCUAUCAUUUAUCUUGAAUGUGGGGCUUGCAGGCGGCAGUGUGUUAAUUUGCUAAUGCCCUGCAAGCUGAAUGAAUAAGUCACCAGAUCUUGAAGAGAGGAGGGGGGACGAAGAAGAUACCACUCCUGACCCUCAAACUUUUCUACUUUCACAACCAGAGCAAGCCAGCCCAUCUAGCACUUCAGGUAAAGUACGAAGGCGCAUCAAGAAGAAACGCCAGCCCCGAUCUUCGCAAACCCAGGGAUCCGACUCGGACUCCAUGGAUGAGGAUCCUGAGGUAGGGUCUAACCAACCCUUGAGGGACGACCAAGAACCAAGGGAUCCGUCCACUAUCACUGUCGAGGAAGUCACUGAAGUUGAGGAAACUUCGACCCUCAGGUCAAGCGAUGGAGAAAAAGAGGUGAAGGAGCCCGAGGUCGAACCUCAGCCGGCCGGAGGGAGCGACAGUGAGUACGACUUCGCUUUGCUGAAGCAGCAGGCCGACGAGCUGGCUCACAAGUUUGUCCAGAAGGUGAAGGACGUUACGUGGAAGGUCACCCAUCAUAAUUUCCUACCAGAUUGGCUGAAGGACAACGAUUACCUUCACUACCACCACCGCCCUCCUCUACCGUCGUUCAGGACGUGCUUUAAGUCAAUCUUUAGAAUUCACACAGAGACGGGCAACAUAUGGACACAUCUUCUAGGUUGUAUAGCUUUUAUUAUCAUAGCCAUCUACUUUUUGGUACAGUCCAUCAUGUCAAGGGAUGACUGGCAGGAGAUUGUGGCAUACAUGAUGUUUUUCUUGGGCGCCAUUUUGUGUCUCGGAUUCUCCUGCCUCUUUCAUACAUGUUACUGCCAUUCUUGUGAAGCCUCCAAAAUAUUCAGCAAACUAGACUACUCUGGCAUCACAUUCCUGAUAGUUGGAUCCUUUGUGCCUUGGCUCUACUUUGGUUUUUACUGUGAGAACAUCACCCGUUACGUCUACUUGGCCCUUAUACUGGUCCUUGGUGCUCUCUGUCUCUUUGUAGCUCUAAGGGACACCUUCAGUCUACCAAAGUACCGUCCCCUCAGGGCAGGUAGGUUCUUAAUCCAUUACUGUGUGGUUUUUCCUGUGAGAACAUCACCUAUUACCAGCUCUCAGAGGUACCUUCAGUCUACCAAAGUACCGUCCCCUCAGGGCAGGUCUAUACGUUGCUUUAGGCCUCAGCGGUGUGAUACCAGCCAUUCAUUACGUGAGCAUCAACAGCUUCCUGACGGCCAUCCAGGGGGGUGGACUCGGCUGGAUGAUACUCAUGGCAUGCCUCUACAUCUCAGGAGCAUUACUCUAUGCUAUUCGCAUCCCAGAACGUUUUUUCCCUGGAAAGUGUGACAUUUGGUUUCAGAGUCAUCAGAUAUUCCAUGUCCUAGUUCUAGCAGCUGCCUUUGUCCACUACCACGGUAUCAACACAAUGGCUGCGUACAGGGAGCAGAUCGGAGAGUGUAAUGCUGGCGACCUUUACACUGACACAGCAACCACUGUUGAAAACUGAACCCAAAACUGAAACAUCCUUUUUAAUCACUGUCUUGAAGUUCUUCAACUUAUAGAGACAAGAUCAGUAUUCUCCCCAUGUAUGGGGAUUUGCUCAUCGCAAGUAUCUUGGGAAAUUUACCUUGGGGGAAAUUGUGCAUUUUUGCCAUCGUGGACUGUAUAUUUUUAUUGCAGUAAUAAAGUGAUGUAUUUCUUGUCUUGGAUCUCAGGCUAAGCUCAUUCAUUUCUUCAUUAGGUGUGACGGGGAAACUUCUCAGCAUUCUAUAGUACUUAUACAACUUGGAGAAGAAAGCGAGUCGUAGUGUGUGCUUAAUACCGCUGCACGACAUGACAAAAGUUGCAAAGUAUUGUGACAUUCAAAUUUUGAUGUUAGAUGAUGUCUGGUCCAUGAGAUUAGAUAUUUUUAAUAUGGAGGUUUUGCUUUGUUUUAAACCAGAAAUCUGCCUUGAAAUGCUUUUUAUAAUUGAGGUAUUAAUGUCAUGGAAACCAAAUAUUUUUUCCAUUUCGCAAAUCCAAACCACCAAAGACCAAGGAAAACUGGGCCCUAUAUUUUCUUACCAGAAUUAUCCAUUCAGAUGUAGUCAAUACCUUCUGGUAUAUGUUGGAAUUUUAGUGACUAAACUGUGAAAAAAUGUAAAAUUAAUGUUUGCACAUGUACAUUACAUCAUGUGAUGAGGGGGGGGGAUAUCGGUUUUGUUUGGUUUGCUUUUUUAUACCUUUGUUUUGUUAUAUCAAUUCUCUGAUUAUUUUUGAAUAAUUUUGCCUUGUAUUCAUCGCAUUGUUAUAUUAUGGACAGCAUGUUCCUAGCAAUGAGUCAAAUUGACUCUUCCCCCUAUGCAAGGCCGAACUGUGCAUAUAAGUAAUGAUAUAUUGAAAAAUGAACUGUGCUACCAGAUGGGUUUUUUUUGUUUGAGGGGGAAUUCAGUCAUCAGAAACAUAAAAUUUAUGAACAGUAGCUGCUCAGACUUUUAGAUUCAACUGAAGUUCCAAAUUACCUGUCUUGUAGUGAGGUGGAGCAGAAAAGGGUGAAUGUAUGUACUUCCUACAUGUAAAUGCCUAAAUUGAACAAGAAGUGAUGAUGUGUGAAAGUGGGGCGUUAACCCUAAACAGGCCGGGGGGUUGAAUCAACCCCCCCCCUCAACAUUUUCUGCGAUCAUCUGCCGCGCGAAAUUUUUUGACCGCGCCACCCACAGAGUUUAUACUUUUAAGUCUUGCGCAUCUUUUGAGACAAAAUUUACGACGCCCGGGUACGCAGUUCCGAAAUUACGCAACAUUUUGUAAACUGUGCAUGUCAGACCAAAAAUUGUGCCAAAACGUGAUUUUGUGUACAAAGUCAAUGCAAAUUGAGUUUUUUUAUCUUAUUCAUAAAGAUAUGAUUAUUUUUACUUUAAACAGCUGAAAUCAAUUUGAUUUUAGCAUAAUUAUGCUUCAAAAAGGUUGUGCAAUAAAUCUGGUGAAAAAAACAAAGAAAAACAAAAGGUUGAAAAACAAAGAAAUACAUGAGAAAUUCAUAAAACAAUAAAAUACAUAAGAAAUUGAUUUCCAAACCAAAGUUUUUUUCAAUUGCGAUUGUUAAGAAUGCUUCAAAGAAUAUUUUUACCAAAAAUAAGCAUUCUAGGAGCUUUAUUUAGUGAAUUAGAGCAAAAAGUAUGAUUUAUGCAUAAAUUAGCAUAAUUAAUUCAUAUAAAAUAAAAUCUCAUUAUUUUGGAAAAUUUUACCAUACAGCCUUGUAGAUUACAUCGCACACUACCAGCGUGCAAUUUUUUGCGGCGCUCGCGCGAUCGGCGGCCGAGAUCUUAGGAAGGGUUGAAUCAACCCCCAGCCACAGAACAGCCAAAAAAGCCCGGCCUAGUUAGGGUUAAAGCUUAAAUUCCUGUCCACGUCGUGUUACAAAUGUCUGUAUUUGCUAUGCACACAGGUCAUGUCCUUGCUGCAAAAUGGAUGCAUGAGGCAUAAUGUCAAUUCGGAAAGACCUACAUAAAGACCUAC